AUUACCACAUACAUAUUAAUCUAAAGAUUUAUCCACGUAAUGGGUUUGAAAGAUAUUGGGUCCAAAUUGCCACCGGGGUUUCGAUUUCAUCCAAGUGAUGAAGAGUUGGUAUGUCAUUAUCUUUGCAACAAGAUUAGGGCCAAAUCUGAUUAUGGUGAUGUAGAGGAUGAUGAAGUUGAUGAUGAAGCUUUGAAGGGUUCUACUGAUCUUGUGGAGAUUGACUUGCAUAUCUGUGAGCCAUGGGAGCUUCCUGAUGUGGCAAAGUUAAACGCAAAGGAAUGGAACAGAGCACCAAAUGGGAUCAAAACUACUUGGAUCAUGCACGAGUUCCGUCUUGAGUGUCCUAACAUCCCACCUAAGGAAGACUGGGUCUUGUGCAGAGUGUUCAACAAAGGCAGAGACUCAUCACUACAAGACAAUAAUUAUAUCACUGAUAAUCAGACGCAAAGGCCUGAAGUUAAUGACGCUCCGGAUCUUAAUUACAACAAUCAGUUACCACCUUUGCUAUCAUCCCCUCCACAUCAACAUGAGAAGAUGAAGAUCCAAGUUUGUGAUCAGUGGGAGCAGCUAAUGAAGGAGCCUUCAAGGACCACCGACCAGCCCUAUCAUCACCAUUGUCAUCAUCACACCAUAGCAUGUGGUUGGGAACAGAUGAUGAUCGGUUCGCUGUCAUCAUCUUCGAGUCAUGGCCCUGAUCACGAGUCCUUGAUAAAUUUGCUUUACGUCAACAAUAACAACAGUGUCAACAUCAGUGGUGAUCAUCAUCAGAAUUAUGAGAAGAUUUUGUUGUCAUCACCAGACAUGACGAGUUUGGAUCACGACAAGACAUGUAUGGGAUCAUCAUCGGAUGGUGGUAUGGUCUCUGAUCUUCACAUGGAAUGUGGUGGCUUGAGUUUUGAGACCGAAAAUCUCCUCACUUUCCAUUGAACAUAAUUCAAGGGGUUCGCCGAUUUGUUGAUUCGUGAAAUAUACAAAUAUUUUUUAU